AUGCCGUUCAUCACGCCCAAGAAGACUGCAACUGCAGCUUCGGCUUUUGUGUGGGAUGCCUUCCCUCCUCCGCCCCCAGAGGCUGAGACUUGUACGUGGAUCGCGAAACGCGAAACGCGAAACGCGAAGCUUGAGUGGCAUUCGCUGAUACAGAUGUAUUCAGGGCAUCCAGAUCCCGACAGCAUCGCGAGGCCUAGGGGUCUCUUAGAUCCCCGCUUUAACCGCGACCCGGAGCAUGACUGUCGCAGUAAGUUUUCUAGAAAAGAAGCGAAGAUGCAUGGUCAGGGCAGAUCUACACCAACGCCAUCCAUAAGUGGAAGCGCUCUAGGUCGCGGACUCGGUGAGUGGCCAGCUCCAGCUCCACGAAGUACCGGGUGUCCACGAGAGUUCGUACCUGUGAUCGAGUCUCCUUCACCUACCGAGGAUCCACGCUUCGUCGAGAAGGAUGGGAAAGCAUCUGUAUCUUUACACAGGCAGUCUUUGACUACUACAAAGCCGGCCACACAUGUCUCUGGACCUCCCAAGGGUACAAUGGAGCUGAUGUCUGCGCCGUACCGCCGUCCGGAGACCCCGAUAAUAUCAAAGGCCUCCGCAAAGUCAGUAUCACCCUCUAAGAGCCUCCCGCCAGCUUGGGCGGCCUCCUUGGAGAAAGCUCUUGCAGAAGAUGGAAGAAAGCUUGAUGCGUUGGCUGCCGCUACCACUACCACUACCUUAGGAACCCCACCCCGUCCCGAGAAAGUGCGAAAGAAAUCGAUUCCUCCACAUCUAAGAAACAAGAUUAACGAUGACGGCAAAGCUUGUCCAUCCAUCGGCUUCACACAACGUUCAGAGCUGAAACUGAACCCGAACGCAAAGAUGUACGAGACGCUGGUCAAGCGUGAAGAUGUUAUCAAUGAUGAGGCUUUAGCUUGGGAAAUGGCCUUGGCAGACCCUGGCACCGAGCAUGCUAAACACGGCUUGCGCAUACAACAAGAGAUUCUGGACCGAUGCAUCGCCAAACAAACUACCGCAACUACUACUUCUGCCUUCAUUCCUACGGCUCGCGCUCCUAUCGACCAUGAUAUCAAAGUUAAAGUCAUACUUAUCCGUGCGAUGGAGCAUGAGCUGGAUCUGGACAAGGUGGCACCUGAGCGAGAGCUCAUGGCUAUGCAGCGCGCCGAGCUUGACAGAUACUAUGACAAAGUCUGCUCUGCUCACCAGCAAUGGUGGGAAGCAUGA